AUGGCAGUAUUCAAUCUAGGUCACUGGCUCCUCAUCGCCGCCAUCCCUGCUGUGCUUGGCGAUGGCAUCGGCAUCAUUGGCUUUGGUACGACCAUGUACCAGCCGUUCUGCGCAUAUGCGUGCCGUUCCGUCAUUGACAGAUCGCCGUUACUAUGCACGCCAGAGCACGAGGGCAAUUCCGCAGGCGGCCAUCACGCGCCUGCUAUAACGCCAGAAAGCUGCUUCGCCAGUGAUCCGGCCUUUGCGCAGACGCUGGCUCUCUGCAUCGACACGUAUUGCCCGGGCAGCGAUGCACCUCGACUUGGCGAGAUUGAAGAGUACUGGGCCUCGCAUCUGGCCACGGGGAUGAUGGGGAACUUCUCUUGGGUGCCAGCCAUGACAUAUCAAGAAGCCCUGCAGCGCGCAAGACACGACGAGCACAACAGUACGCUGGCCGGAAACACCACGACCUCGACGAGCGGCCAUGCGGGUCACGAAAAGCGAGUUAUCUUUGCGCGACAUGGUAGUCAUGCAGAGGAAGAGGAAGACACGACGCCAGUGAACACUACUCUGCCAGUGGUCAAGCCUGGUGCUCCGCUCAACGUCACGAGCUUCGUCCGCCCGUCGGACUGGCUAAAGAAUUACAACGGCCACAAGUCAUUUGAGUUGAAUGAAAUUGGGCACUCCAAGUAUACCAUCAUCAUCACGGCCGUGCCCUUUCUACUUGCCAUUCUCGCGUCACUCCCUCGAUUCAUCCCAGGCCUAACACGCGCCACCUCGUGGGCUUGGUUCAACUCCAUGAUUAUAUACCCACCCCUCUGGGGAAAAAGGCAUCGACAGCCUACUGCGCAGGUUAUAGGCGGUGGCUUCAUGCCGACGCGCGGGCAGUCUCUCUACAUCUUGGUCAUGGUGGCGCUCAACAUCGUAUUUCUCAUGGUACCGUACUACACCCUGCAGCCGCAGACUACGUUUGUCACAGUGCGCGAGCAAGAACUGAGCGUCAUUGGCUGCCGCGCUGGUGUCAUGGCAAUGGGCAACGUUGUCGUUCUUACAGUCUUUGCGGGCAGAAACAAUCCGCUUUUGGCGCUGACUGGUUGGAACUACGAUACCUAUCUGCUCCUUCACCGCACAUUUGGAUAUUUGGCCAUCUUUCACACUGUGGUCCACUCAGUUCUGCUUCUGGCAUACUAUGUCAUGUUUGGAGACUAUCAAGCAGAACUAGUGCGGCUGUAUUGGAUCUGGGGCAUCGUCGCCACCAUGGCGGUUGUCCUACUGUGGCCGGCUUCGAUGUUGGUCGUUCGCAGGCGAUUCUACGAGGUUUUCCUCUCUUUGCAUCACCUCCUCGUAGCCUUGUUCCUCAUUGGCUACUUUUACCACAUCUUCUACCGCUACAGCUUCAAAUGGGGUUACGAGAUUUGGUGCUACAUCGCCGGCGGUAUCUGGGGCACGGAGCGCUUGAUCCGGCUGGUACGCAUGGUGUUUAUGGGUCGCCGCACAGCGGAUGUCUUUGUAGUGCCUGGCUGUGAAGGCGAAUAUCUUCGCAUCGACAUCGACGGUGCUCACGCGACCGGGCUUGUUUACCUCUACUUUCCGACUCUAAGCUGGCGGUUCUGGGAGAAUCACCCAUUUUCAGUUGCUUCCUCAUUCUCCAUCAGCGACUCGAGCGAAGACGAUUCUACGGAUGCAGAGAGCCCCAACGACGGGCUUGCGGAGGAGAAGAAAUUGCCAACAAAUAUCGAGACGGCACCAGUUGCUCCCCCGCGCAGGACUAUUGUCACACCCGUCUCUAAUCAUCGUAUAUCUAUCCUCGUCCGCGUUCAAGCAGGCAUGACUGCACGCUUGGCCGCCAGAGUAACGGCUGGGGGUAGCAAGAUUCGUCUGCCCGUCGUUGUAGAAGGCUCAUACCACGCCAUCUCAGCGUCGGAGCUAUCGCAAUGUACGUCCAUUGUCUGCAUCGCCGGUGGAGUGGGCGUAAGCGCUGUGCUCUCCAUUUUGCGCGAAAAAGGCUGCCGCAGGCGUUUGUGCUGGGGCGUCCGCGAUAGCAGUGUUGUGGACGAGUGCAAGAAGGAUAUCCUAAACCUGCCAGCGGCAGUGCAAGUGGACAUUAGUGUCGGCCAGCGCCUGGAUAUACGGUCAAUACUGAAGGAGGAACUCUCGGCACGUACAGGCGAUUGUGGCCCUGUAGGAGUCGUCGUGUGCGGACCGCCAGAAAUGGCCGACGAUGUGAGGAAUGAAGUCUCUAGACUAGCGAGGAGCGGUUCUCUGGCGCGUGGUGUCGUUUUACUGGAUGAAGCAUUUACGUGGUAG